AUGAAGCAAAGAUAGAAAUCUCACACUUACCUAUACAAACAAAUUUGUAAACACCUGAAUGUGCCUUGUUCGUCUGGAUUACUGAAUGGGAUUUAAGAGACGGAAAUAGUUUUAAUUUUAGAAUAAAUUGGGUUAUAAGACAUCGAACCUCUCUAAUUAUUGCUAGCUUAAUGUAAAUUCAAAACAAUCAUACUUAAAAGUAUGUAGAAGAACUUGAAAUUAAAUAAAUCUAUGGCGCAUGAUAAUUAUAAAAAUGAAUUGCUAGAAAUCUUGAGAGUGAUUACCAAGUUAUUCACUAAGAGUUUAGACGUGAUAACAUUUGUAAUUCGAGACAUAAGGAUGAGUAGUGAACAUAUGCAAAUAAUUUCGUAGGGCAUAGCAGUAGUUUAAUCUUUAAAGGAGCUAAGGAUUAUAUAGUGUCUGAUGACCUCUAAUCAUUUCAGCAUUCUGUAGCCGUCUCUACUUUAGAAUUCCUCACUUCACAUCGUAGAUUUUUCUCAUAAUUAUCUUACUCAUCAAAUUGGAGUGAUGUUGGGAUAAUUACUAUAAGAACAUGGCAAGAGAAGAGACAGCGUAGAUUAUUUGUAUAGAACAAAAGGUGAAAGUCCAGAAGAAGACAUAUCUAAGAUUGGAAUAGGUGAAUUAGAUUUAUCAUACAAUAAAUUAAAUGAUCAGUUUGUUAAAGAUGUGGUGCCCUAUUUGGAAAGAGAUCGAUGGAUUAAAUCCAUAAAUUUGAAAUACAAUGCUAUUUAAAAAGAGGGAUUCGAACUCCUAAUCUAAUUACUUGAUAAAAAUACUACCAUCACUAGUUUAGAUACUCGAAGAAACCUUGGAACUACCCAAUAAUUCUAAAAGGAGAUUCUCAGAAAACUAAUCAGAAACAAAAACACUAAGAAUGAUUUGCAUGAAUAAAGAAUAGAAGAGGAAAAUGAGAAUAUUUUGGUGAAUGUUUCUGCCAUUCCAUAAAACCUUUUGUCAGUCAUAUCUGAUCAAGAAAGUCCAGUUAUGUCAUUUGGGGUUUUUGAACCCAACAAUCAGACCAAACAGAUGUCUAUAUCUGGAAGACAAGAUCAAUUAAAGUUUAAGUCUGGCUAUAAGAAUAAUGACUCUGGGUGUUUGGAUUGCACUCGAUUGCAAAUAAAAGUGAAAAAACAAUAAUAAAUUAUUUAAUUACUUAAAUAAGAAGUGUAAUAUCUUAGAUUUCAACUGUAAACUAAACAAUAACUACCCUAAUAGUAAUAAUAAUAAUAACAAUAGUAAUAAUAAUAGACAAUGAACUUCUUAAAUUUAUCAGAUAAUAAUAACAACUAGCAUCCACCACCACAAGAAGUAGAAUAAGAGGACAUGUUGAAUAAAAUAGAAUACAUGAUGAAUGAAUUAACUAGAAUGAUGGAUGGUUUGGAUGCUCAAGGAAGUGUAACCAAUAAUUUGAAUGCUCAUCUUUCAAGUACACUCAUUGGAUAGGAUUACACAAGAGUAAUCUGUGAAAGAGAUGAUAGAGCUAAUGAUUUUAUGAACAUCUUGGGAGAAAACAGUCACAAUAAUUCAUCAGAAUGUUCAGAAGAUGAAGCUAAAUCAUAGUGA